GAUUCUCCGCCAGCUGGCUUGUGUUUCGCCCGACGCCGCCUCCUCCUCAUAGAGGAAACGCCAGGACCCGAAGCAAGAGCCUCCGCCUCACAGCCAGCCUUGCGCUUAACGGUCCGGGAAUAGAAGCCGUCGCCCUCGACUCGUUCGGCUAAUUCUGUGAAAAUGUCGCUGUAUCCUUCCCUGGAGGAUCUGAAGGUGGACAAAGUAAUUCAGGCACAGACAUCUUUUGCUUCAAACCCAGCCAAUCCAGCAAUUUUAUCUGAAGCCUCAGCACCCGCCCUUCAACAUGGAAACUUGUAUCCCAAACUGUAUCCCGAACUUGCCCAGUAUAUGGGUCUAAGCCUAAAUGAAGAAGAGAUACAAAGAAACAUGGCAAUGGUGCCUGCUGUAAAUUCUCAGGGGCUUGUUGCAAGCCCUUCUGCAGUGAAUUACAUGGUGGCUCCAGUAACUGGAAAUGAUGUUGGAGUUCGCAGAGCGGAAAUUAAGCAAGGAAUCCGUGAAGUAAUACUGUGUAAAGAUCAGGAUGGAAAAAUUGGACUUCGUCUUAAAUCAGUGGACAAUGGUAUUUUUGUCCAGUUGGUUCAGGCCAACUCGCCCUCAUCACUAGUUGGCCUGCGGUUUGGCGACCAGGUUCUGCAGAUUAAUGGCGAAAAUUGUGCAGGUUGGAGCUCUGAUAAAGCCCACAAAAUUCUGAAGCAAGCACCUGGAGAGAGAAUUUCAAUGAUCAUCCGUGACAGGCCUUUUGAGCGAACUAUUACCAUGCACAAGGAUAGUACUGGGCAUGUUGGCUUUAUAUUCAAAAAUGGAAAGAUAACUUCAAUAGCAAAGGACAGUUCUGCUGCUAGAAAUGGACUUCUGACAGAACACAACAUCUGUGAAAUAAAUGGUCAGAAUGUAAUUGGCCUGAAGGAUGCCCAAAUUGCAGACAUACUAACAUCAGCUGGAAACGUGGUGACCAUCACUAUCAUGCCUUCUCAAAUUUUUGAACACAUAAUCAAGAGGAUGGCUUCAAGCAUUAUGAAAAACCUGAUGGAUCACACCAUCCCUGAAGUCUAGAAAUCUGUUUUGGGGUGCAUCUGUAAUGAGAACUUCGCUAAACAUGGGCUACUUAGUCUGCAACUUUUACGUUCUGCACAUGAGCCUUUCUUUAAGCCCAAAGCAGAUAUACUGCCUUGAGUAUUUACAUUAUUAUGGCUGGGAAUGUCACAAUCCAACAUAUUACCUUGCUCAAACUAUGAAUUUUGUAGCCUUAUACUUGUCUCACAAAAACCAGUUUAACUCUUUUUCAUAGGGUUAUACUGUUUAAUUCAACACUUUAUAUAAGCCAUUGGAAUGAAAACUAAUGUCUCUUGUGUCUUUUGCUAUCUGUGAUCCAAGCACAUUGCUGCCCUUUGUACUUUUUCAGAUGAAUUAGUUUUUCUACUACCUUCUGCUAGGAAGGAUAUUUACAUUUAUGACUUGUAGUGCUUGUUAACUGCUGAUUUUAGUAACCAUGUUUACAAAGCAUGCCAGUUAAACUGAGCAUAAUGUAUCAUUCCAUAGACAUUUUAAAUAGCACAGGUGAGCAUUUAGGUUUUGUCUUACUGCUGCUCUUUUACAAGUUGUUCUGAUGUGCUUAAAUUAUGUUGCCUUAACCAUGUUAAACAGAAAUAAAGUCUGAAAAACAA